AUGGAAAAGAUGGAAAAUCUAGUUAUGUACACUUUUAGGGUAGCAGGAGGAGUCAGAAUCCAACACAAAAAAGUAUUUGCCUUCUUCUUUCCAAUCACGAGGAUUGACGAAUCUCAUCAAAGAGUUGUGAGAUCGGCCCGUUCUAUUGACGAAGGUGUAGCAUCAUGUGAUGGAUCGUCCUCUUUAACAUCUCUCCGUAGAAAUGCGAUCAACCCAGACGACGAAGGGGCUCUUCCGGAUACCAAACGACACAAGAAGACAAGCUAUGCUGGCCGAACAUUUGACAACCAUGAGAUCUCAACAGCUGCUCAAUCGCAUCACAUUCAACGAACUGUACAGCCAUCAAAAUGCUCCGCUUGUGAUACAUUGUCCAUCCUAUACACAGUUCAGUGUAUUGAUAGUGGAGGNCCGGCCCGUUACAAGACGAAAGUGCACUUUUUCUGA